UAAACGGAUAUAUCGAACGAAAAAAAAAAAAAAACGUUCUAAACGGAAGUUGAGAAAAGAAGGUGAAGGUGCAGUGAACUGAAGCAGAAAGUGCAAAAAAGCCAACUCGGAACGGGGAACACGUUCUAGCAGUAGCACUUUAUAUAUUUCGCUAGUUUCCUCCUUCUACUUUCCAAUGUUUCAACUUUCAAUUGCAGACCCUCAUCUUUUCUAAUUACCCACAUAACCCGCCCCUUAUUUCUUGAUUAUUACCAAUAAGUACACCAAAAAAUAAAAAUCAAAACCAGAAAAGGAAAACACUGGGCUCCGUUACUAAUAAAAAUGGGAGGAACCACCGCGCGGAUCCUAAAGUCAACCCUAAAGGGUUCAAAGUCUCUUGUGUACGAAAUCAAGCAAUAUAACAACGACCUUGAUCAACCAAGAGAUGAAAUUAAAGCUCUGAUCAAUGAAAAUGGUGCAGCUCAAGAUUCAGAAUCGCCAUGCUGCAAUUGCUUCUCGUCUUGUUUCCUUUGGUUUGGUAAGUGCUUCUUCUUUCAUAUCCCUUUCUACAGGAUAAGAUCGGUGCGGAGCGAGAGGAACAGUUAUUGUGAUGCGAAGCAGAUGCUUUCGAAUGUUAGGGACGUUCUUGAACUUCUUAGUAGACAGAAGAUCGAGAAGAGGCUUAGCGGCGGUUCAAUUAAGCGUCGUCCUUGUGGUUUUCCCGAGAAACCGGGUUUUACUGUUGGAUUGGAUGAGCCUUUGAGGAGGCUGAAGGUGGAGGUUCUCAUGGAGGGUGUUUCGGUAAUUGUAUUGACUGGACUUGGUGGUUCUGGAAAGACUACUCUGGCUACAAUGCUCUGUUUUGAUGAACAAGUCAAAGAUAAAUUCAAUGAAAAUAUAUUGUUUGUCACCUUCUCAAAAAAUCCCAAGUUGAAGACCAUUGUAGAGAGACUAUUCGAACAAUGUGGAUAUCAAGUGCCUGAGUUUAAAAACGACAAUGAUGCAGUUAACCAAAUGGUAGUUUUAUUGAGGCAUAUUGGGACAAGACCGACGUUGUUGGUCCUCGAUGAUGUUUGGCCUGGCUCAGAAGCCCUUGUUGAAAAAUUUCAAAUUCAAAUGUCACAGUACAAGAUUCUAGUGACUUCAAGGGUUGCAUUUCCUAGAUUCGCCUCUCACUUUAUCCUAAAACCACUUAAUCAAGAAGAUGCAUUGACGCUUUUCCGUCACUAUGCUUUAUUGGAAAGAAGCUGCUCAGAUAUACCAAAUGAAGAUAUUGUCCAAAAGGUUGUAAGUGGUUGCAAGGGUUCACCUCUUGCUAUUAUGGUGAUGGCUAGAUCCCUCAGUCGUCAACCUUACGGGUUUUGGCUCAAGAUAGUAGAGAAAUUGUCACAAGGUCAUUCUAUACUUGAUUCUAAUGCUGAAUUGGUAAGCUGUCUACAAAAGAUCUUAGAAGUAUUGCAGAAUAAGCCCUUCAUAAAGGAGUGUUUCAUGGACUUAGGGUUAUUCCCCGAAGAUCAAAGAAUCCCUGUCACUGCUCUCAUUGAUAUAUGGAAAGAAUUGUAUGGACUGGACGAUGAUGGCCAAGAAGCAAUGACUAUCAUCAAUAUAUUGGACUCCAUGAAUUUGGUUAAGCUCUUAGUAGCAAGGAAAAGUGUUUGUGGUGUAGACAAUUACUAUUACAAUAACCACUUCCUCGUCCUACAUGAUCUUGUAAGAGAACUUGCAAUUUAUCAAAGCAAUCAAGAACCAAUUGAACGUAGACAGAGACUGAUGAUUGAUGUGAAUGAAAAUGCUAGCCAACGGUGGCUCGGUAAGAAGCAGAAAGGCAUGAUGAUGGCCCGCAUUUCAAGUUAUCUGAGACAGUGUGUUAAACAAAAGGCAGUACAAGUCACUGUCCGCACAUUGUCAAUAUCAACUGAUGAAGCUUACCCUUCACUCUUGUCCAAUGUGAAGACAGAUGAAACUGAGGUUUUGAUUGUUGAUCUCCGAACAAAACAGUACUCGUUCCCAGAAUCGAUUGAAAAAAUGAACAAACUAAAAGUUAUCAUUGUUACAAACUAUGGUUUCCAUCCAUCUGAACUGAACAAUUUUGAGAAACUCAGUUCCUUAUCAAACCUGAGAAGAAUCAGAUUAGAGAGAAUUUCUGCUCCUCCGCUUGUCAUAUUGAAGAAUCUAAGAAAAAUAUCCCUCUACAUGUGUAAUAUGACUCAGGUUUUCCAAAAUGGCAACAUCCCAAUAUCGGAAGCAUUUCCAAAUCUAAUCGAAUUGAGCAUUGACUACUGCAAAGAUAUGGUUAAAUUGCCUAAUGAGUUGUGUGAUAUUACCCCACUAAAGAAUAUCAGUAUUACAAAUUGUCACAAGUUUAAUGCACUUCCCCAAGACAUUGGAAAGUUAUCAAAGCUGGAACUUCUAAGGCUUAGUUGUUGUACUGAUUUGCAAGGGUUACCGAAUUCAAUUGGAAGGCUGUCGAUUCUGCGUCUUCUUGACAUCUCAAACUGCAUGAACCUUCCAGAUUUACCAGAGGACAUUGGAAAUCUGCGUAGUCUGAGAAACCUUUACAUGACAGGUUGUUCAAAUUGCGAAUUGCCGUUUUCGGUCGCCAAUCUUGAGAAUUUAAAAGUCAUAUGUGAUGAAGAAACUGCUGCUUCAUGGGAAGCUUUCAUGCCAAUGAUUCCGAAUCUAAAGGUAGAGGUGCCUCAAGUUGAUGUCAACUUAAAUUGGCUUCACCCACUUAGCUCCUAACAUGUGUUUCUUUAAAUAUUACUGAGACAUUUUGUUCUUGAUUGUGCUGAAAGUUUGAAGAAAAAUGAUCUCCCCCUUAUCCAAAUAUUUUGUGCUUGAUUAUGUUGAAAGUAUGGAGAAUAAUUAUUCUCCCUUUAUCCACAUAUUUUAUGUGUGAUUGUGUUUACAGUUUGAAGAAUAGUGAUCCAGCUCAUAUCUAAGAUAAAAUAAAUUGAGUAGUAUUUUACAUGAUGGUUUCUUGUAGUAUAUGCUUAUAUAGUAGUAUUUUCGUGUGUGCUGUGUGUAAUUUCGUGGGUGGACUUAUUGUACUAGUGUUUACUAUGAAAUAAAAUUUGAGUCUCUCGGUAUUUUAUUC